UUGCCUUUUAAACCACCAAACUCCGAAUAUCUCAGCCCCACGCACCUCCACCUCCACCUCCACCUCCACCUCCUCCGCCUCUCUCUCUCUACAAAACACACACACACACACACAUUCUCUCUCUCUCUCUCUCUCUCUCUCUCUCUCUCUCUGUGUGUUCAAGGCCCGAGCAGAUCUUUCCCUCUCUCCGCAACCGAGCAAUUCAAAUCUCCUGUCACUAAAUUUGCAACUACAGCUCAAGCUGCAUUACUAUUAGCGUUUGAGAUGGAUAGGCGGAGUUGGCCCUGGAAGAAGAAAUCAUCUGACAAGGCUAAAACUGAGAAAGCGCUUGCUACUUUGGAAUCUGCUGGCGCUUCAAUUGGUUAUCAGGGUGAUCAGGAUAACAUCCAAAAACCGAAGUAUGUUCAAAUAUCUGUGGAGUCAUAUUCACAUCUAAGUGGGUUGGAGGAUCAAGUGAAGACAUAUGAGGACCAAGUGAAGAAUUUAGAGGAUGAAAUUGAAGUAUUGAAUGAAAAGCUCUCUGAAGCCCGUGGGGAGAUAUCUGAAGUCCAUGCAGAGAUAGCUGAAGCGCGUACGGAGAUGACUAACAAGGACAACUUAGUGAAACAGCAUGCUAAAGUUGCUGAAGAAGCUGUCUCAGGCUGGGAAAAGGCUGAGGCAGAAGCUUUGACACUGAAAAACCAACUAGAAUCCGUCACACUUCUAAAGCUUACCGCUGAAGAUCGAGCUGAACAUUUUGAUGGUGCUCUAAAGGAGUGCAUGCGGCAGAUACGGAAUUUGAAGGAAGAACAUGAACAGAAACUACAUGAAGUUGUUCUUACCAAAACAAAGCAGUGUGAUAAAAUAAAGCUUGAACUCGAAUCGAAGAUAGCUAACUUGGACCAAGAGCUCCGCCGGUCUGCAGCAGAAAAUGCAGCACUUUCAAGGUCAUUGCAGGAGCGUUCUAACAUGCUGAUUAAGAUAAGUGAAGAAAAAUCGCAAGCGGAGGCAGAUAUCGAAUCAUUUAAGAAUAAUAUUGAAUCAUGUGAAAGAGAAAUAAAUUCACUCAAGUAUGAACUCCACUUAGUUACGAAAGAGCUGGAAAUCCGCAACGAGGAAAAGAACAUGUUUGCAAGAUCUGCUGAAGUAGCCAACAAGCAGCACUCAGAAGGAGUCAAGAAAAUCGCUAAAUUGGAAGCGGAGUGCCAAAGAUUGCGAGGUCUUGUUAGGAAGAAGUUGCCCGGGCCCGCAGCACUUGCCCAAAUGAAGCUAGAAGUUGAGAACUUGGGAAGGGAUUAUGGAGAAACUCCAAGAGCAAGGAGGUCUUCUUCAAGGCCUCCUAGUCCGCACGCAUCCCAAUUGCCGGACUUUUGCUUUGACAAUGUACAAAAGUUCCAUAAAGAGAAUGACUUUCUCACGGAACGUCUGUUUGAGAUGGAAGAAGAAACGAAGAUGUUGAAAGAAGCUUUGGCAAAGCGUAAUAGCGAGUUGCAAGCUUCUAGGAACAUUUGUGCUAAAACAGUUAGCAAACUUCAAAGCUUGGAAUCACAACUUCAAGCUAAUAAUCAAAGUCCCAUGAAAUCUAAUCUUCAGAUCACAGCUCAAGGUUCCUUUGUUCAAAAUGCUGACAGUCCACCCAGCUUUACCUCCAUGUCUGAAGACAGAAACGAUGAUGAGAGAAGUUCUGCUGGUUCUUGGGCAACAACAAUGAUCUCCGAUCUCUCGCAUUCCAAGAAGGAAAAGGAUGUUGAGAAACCUAACAAUUCUGAAAAUGCAAAUCACCUGCAGCUUAUGGAUGAUUUCCUGGAGAUGGAGAAGUUGGCGUAUUUAUCCAAUGAUAGAGAUGGAGGCAUAUCUGGUUCAGAUGUUUCAACUAAUCAUAGAUCUGAAAUUCCAAACCACGAUAGUUCAAAGGAAGUAACAGCUAGUCCACACUUACAUUCUAAGGGGCAGGCGCCUUCUAAUUUACUAGAUCCACAAUCUGGUGCUGAUUCACUGCCCCUGAUGAAGCUCCUAUCAAGAAUCUCUACUUUGAUUGAGUCCGUGUCUAAGGAUUCUGACAUGGAAAAGGUUUUGGAAGACAUCAAAAGUGUUGUGCAGCAAACACAUGACAGUCUACAUCAGCAUAAUAUGGGUUGUCAUGAGGGGGCUGAAGUAACUUCAGAGAAGGAAAUCUGUUUGGCCAAAGAAAGUAAGCCAAAUGCAGAAACAGUGCAAACAGUAAGUCAAGAACUUGCGGACGCUUUAUCUCAGAUUCAGUACUUUGUAUUGGUUUUGGAUAAAGAAGCUAUGGCUGUCCAGGGCUCAUCUCCUAAUGGGGGUGGAUUGAGCCAAAAAGUUCAGGUGUUAUAUGCCACCUUUGAUAAGGUUAUGCACAGCCAAUUAAGGUUGCUUGAUUAUGUCCUUGAUCUUUCGCAAGUUUUGAAUAAAGCCAGUGAACUUCACUUUAAUGUCCUGGGCUACAAGAGUAAUGGAGCAGAAACCAAUGGUUCUGACUGCAUCGACAAGGUUGCCUUGCCUGAGAAUAAGUUGGUUCAGGAUAUAUCUAGAGAGAGAUAUCCAAAUGGUCGUGCUAGCUUUUCUGAUAGCACUUCUGAUCCUGACAUUCCCCAUGAAGGCAGUUUCAUCCCUUCCUUCGAAUCAAAUGCCACAUCAUUGAAAUGCUCAAUUGAGGAGUUUGAACAAAUGAAACUAGAAAAAGACAACAUGGUUUCAGAUAUGGCUAGAUGCACUGAAAAUCUGGAAAGCACUAAAACUCAGCUACAGGAAACGGAAAAGCUUCUAGCAGAAGUUAAGUCACAAUUAACAUCUGCUCAGAAGUUGAACGGCUUCGCUGAGACACAACUGAAAUGUAUGACUGAGUCGUACAAGUCUCUUGAAGCACGCACAGAGGAGUUACAAGCCGAAGUGAAUCUACUUCGAGCUAAAUUAGAAAGAGCAGAAAAUGAGCUUGAAGAGGAAAGGAGGGAUCAUCAGGAUGCUCUGGCUAAGUGCAAGGAUCUUCAAGAGAAACUGCAAAGGUUUGAGAGCUCUGCAUUGGCUGAUGACGUCAAGAAUAACCAGGAGAAGGAUCUAGCUGCUGCUGCAGAGAAGCUAGCGGAGUGUCAAGAAACCAUAUUUCUUCUCGGUAAGCAGUUGAACAUUUUGCGACCUCAGACAGAGUCUUCACCGUCACCUUACCGCCAGAAGGGGGGUGACGAAAUUACCGAAGGAGAAGAACCAACUACCAGUGAAAUGAACUCGCGAGAUCUCAAUCAGACUGAGAUGGAACUGCACAGAGGAGGUGGCGAGUCCCCAUCCUACGUUUACAACUCCCCAGUGAGCCCCUCUGCCGACGAAGCAAAUAUUUUGAAAUCACCAGGCCGUUCGAAUCAUCCGAAACAUCGGUCCACCAACUCAGUAUCAUCGUCAUCUUCUUCUUCUUCUAAUCCCACUCCAGAAAAGCAUGCACGCGGGUUUACCAGAUUCUUUUCCUCGAAAGGGAAAGAUGGCUAUUAGCUUGCAACUUGCAGGCUUAACAACCACUUUCAUAGGUGGUUCGCAAGCUGGUUUGAAUUUUCAAGGAUGAGUUUCCGAUACCUAAAUUUAUGCGCAGUUAAGGCCCAUCUCCGCUGAGCCACUUUCUUCCGAAGAAACUUUUUGCAUUUCAGACACUGGAGACUUGAUCGAUCGUGAACUGGCGCUUAAGAGGUUCAAAUCCUGCAAGCUCACUUUUCAUAGUCCUCUUUGGGAUAUCCACUUUGUUGUAGUUUUUGAAGGAAAUCGCUGUACAUAUUUCUCCAGUGGUGGUUUAUUUGUUUGACUAAACAUGACAAUGGUUCUUUUCUGAACUUAGUACAAGUAUAAAUACACUGUUAAGUUUCUGGUUAUGUUUCAAGGAA